AUGUCUGAAGUUAAGCAGAGAAAAAAAGGUAUUUCUUCAUCCAAGACCAAUGACGGCUCACAAAAGGUUGAGAAGCACAGUAAUUGUGGGAAGCUGGCAAGUCCCAGGACCAGCAAUAAUCGGAGUUCCUUUGGGAUGGAUUCACGGACAAGCUUGAGCAUAAUUUCCCUUGCUUUUUGCCUGGUGCUGACCUGGUUCCUAUUUCAGCAGUCAGGUCAAUUUGCUGAUAUGGAAAAAAAGUACAAUUUCUUACAGCAAGAAGCUGAAAAAUUCCUGGAUGUGGAAAAUAAAGUUAACUUAAUUUCUGAAAAGCUUGAGUCUUCUGAAAGUAUCCUACGAGAAGCUGCCUCAUCCAUCUCUGUGAUGACUGAGUUUGAACAGGAAAUACCUUCUCUUCAUAACAUCAUAAAUGAUAUUCAGAACAAUGAACAGACUCUCUCUAUAAAGAUGCAGAAUAUUAAUGAGAAGUUCCAAAAUGUUACAAAUUCCUGGAGAAGAAGCUUGGAUGAAAUGAACACAAACACUGGUGGUUUAAAAUCUGAGGCAAAGUUUGUACAUGCAGAAGUUACUUCCCAAAUUAAUGAAGUUGAACAAAGAAUUAAAUCCCUUUCAGAAAGAGUAAGAGAUUUGGAAGACAGUACAGCCAGAAAUAUUAAAACAUUAAAAAGGCAAGAAGAUGAUGAAUUCUCUGGAGUUGAACAAAAGUUGGACUUGCAUGCAAAGGCAGUUGAAAAACUAGAAGAAGAACAGAAUAGUCUGGUAGCCAAGGACACAGACAUGAAUCAGAAACUUGCAAACUAUGAACCUAAAAUUGAGGAGUGCAAGACCCGUUUGCCAACAAUUGAAAACGCUAUUCACUCUAUUCUUAGAUUAUCAAGUGAAUUGCUAAGUAUGGAGAAAAAGAUAGAGGACUUGACAACACAGCUAUAUACUGUGGAAAAGGAUAUGUUGAAAACUGUUUCUGAUACAAUGGCAAUGCAAAAGGUUCUUGAAGGCUUACAGUACAAUGACAGCAUAUUGAAAGUACACAAUGAAGUAGUGGUUUUAAAAGAAGUACUGCAUGACAUAAAAGUACCUUCAAAAGCAAAAGAAAUCACUUUAGAAAGCUAUAACUUUGAAAUUGACCAGAAUGGGGAUAACUAAAUUUGGACUUGGGGCUUUCACUGAUGAAAGAGCACUUUAAUUUAUUAUACAUAAUGUGACUCCAACAUAAGUUAAGGAUAGCUGAAAUAUUCUCAUUAAUUUAAAUAGACAUUGGAUCAGACUGAAAGGCAAACUUAUAAUAAAGAGGUUAGAGAGCAAGAAGUACUGUGUAAGGAGGAAAGGAAUACUUUCUUAAAUUAAGGAUUAUUUUCAGCUUAUUUAUUAAAAGUUCAUUUUUUUAUUAAAAAGGAAUUUGAAGCAAAGUAUUUAGAUUUAAAAAAAAAAGUCAAAACCAGAGACAUCAGAUGACAAUUUAUAUUUAGUUUUCACUACUUAUUUUUUUUAUAUUGUUACUCAUCGUAUUAUAUUCCAUGGACUUGUAACACAAUGAAGUUCUUAUCUCUAGGCAGAUAUACAUGUACCUCGCUUUUAAUGUAUUAUAUACCAUAAUGUUUUUGUGCUUGCAGUACAGGCUUCUCAAUGUCAGAGGUAGUACUGGGAUCUAUGUAUUUUAUUAUGUGCAAGAAAGCACCAAGUACAUUUUAACAGCUGAAGCUGAGAUACAACAACAUUACAGAAAACGCUAGUGAAGUACCCCUUACUGAGAGCCUUCUCUUGUGCUGGUAUUUAUAAGCGGGGGCUUACAUAGCAGCUGGUGUUAUCUUUUAUUUUUUUGACCCCAUGCAAAUAGCCCCCUUAGACCUCAUUUCCAGCCUUCUCAAACUUCCUAAAAUCAUGGGUGUAGUUUUGUUCUGCCAUUGAAAUUGCUGGACUACCUGUAGACUGAAGUUCUUAUUAACAGAUAUUCCCGCUAGAUUCUUCUUCUAUCAUUUAAUUUGCAAGUUUGGUGUGAUCAGUCACUGUAUUAGUCUGGGGUUUGGGUUUUUUUGGUUUUAUUUGUUUUGGUGCUGUUAGAAACAAGUUUUAACCUUUUCUUCUAUAGAAUGUUCUCUGCUAGGCAUUACAUGACAGGUCUGGUAUUGCUUUGCAUUUCAAAGGGGAAAAAAAACCCAACUUUAUAGUGUCAUGGACAUUGUUUCCAAAAGUUUGGUGAACCAAGAGCUGCAAAAGCAAUUAAUGACAGCGAUGGAGUUAUGUACUUGAGGGCAGGGAAUAUCUAAUUUAUCCUGAGAUCUAAUAGAUCUGUUUACACAGGAUGUAGUCCUACCUAAUAGGCCUGAUUGCUGUUCAUUGAAAUUUGGAUCUCGGGACCACCAUAAAUUUGUGUCUACAGACUUAACAUCUUGAUAAUUUCUUAUUUCUGAACUCAGGAAAGCAGAUUUUUUAGUAGGCAGUAUGAACCCACAACAUUUAUGACUUAAUCAGGCUUGAGUUAUAUUAUCCUGGUUUUGUACAUUCACUUACCUAGAACUCUGCUGAAGUCUUCACUAAACAGUUAAUGCUUGCCCAGUCAAGAGACUUUUAAACCAGCAUUUCUCAAUGUUAUGAAGUCUAUCAGUUUCAUAUGUUUAUUAUGUAUAGAUUUCUGUUUAUUAAUAUUCAAUAAAAAUAUGAUGUAAUGGAUUGUCCUGGUACAUAAUCUAUUUCAAAAUAAAUUGCUCUUCCAGAAAGGGUACAGAAUAAAUACUUCAGUGUUCCAUUAAGAAAUACUAUUCUGUACAGAAGUGGUUUUUAAAUACCUUUCAGAAGUGUGUUCCAGGGUGUUUCUACUUCAUAUAUUUUUGGGGAAGGGUGGCUAAAUUACCAGUGGUAUGCUCCCUAAUUUAAUGUCUUUCAUCAACCUCAACCCUAUUGAAAGCCAAAUGUACAUGAGAUCUAACAGGAAAUUCUCAUCCUUAGAAGGCAUUAACCAGGAAACCACCACAACUCCCCACAACCUAAAUUUUGGUAUUUUGUUUUUAAGCAAACAGUUCUGUGCUAGCAAGGACUGACCAACGCUAUCAAAAAGUUAAAAAUACUUGUUUCUUUGGUGAUAUUUUUACUACUAGUGUCAAGAAAAGGAUUAGUAUGAAACUAAUUAUAGCCUCUUAGAAUGUGUUUUACCUGCCCAUUUGGUGUUUUUUUUUCUCUCCACGUUCUACACUGACUUAUUUGGGAUUGAACAGGAUAGCAUCACUCAGGUAUUUUCCUUUCUUCCUCUCAAAUUUGAAAACCAAGAACCAAUUGUUAAAAAAACAGAAAAAGUGAACUAGCAAAUUCAGCCAAAAAUCCAACAGUAGCUUGAGUGCUUCCUCAGUAAUGCAGCUUUUAUGGAGGUAGGCUGUUUAAAUAGCCACCAAAAUA